GGUAGGUUUGCGCACCAAGCUUGUUGCCAAGGCAACACAUGUUUGAAGCAGUUCCGAAUUACGCUUCUUGAUUCUGCAAACGUCAUCUAUAAACCAUGCCGCCUAAAAAGAGCUCGGGUAAAAAGUCAGCCAAGGUCAAAUCUGCUGCACUUAUAGAUGGACUCACCAAGGACGAGCUGUCCAAAGAGCAGAUGAUAGAACACAUAGCCGUCCUACAAGAGGAGCUGGAGAGAGAGCGGCAAGAGAGAAACUACUUUCAGCUGGAGCGAGAUAAGAUCUACUCCUUUUGGGAUGUGACCAAGAAGCACUUGGAGGAGGCUAUGGCUCAACUCAGAAAUGAAGAGAAGAAGAUUGAGGAUGAUGAGGGUCGCCACCUUGUAGAGAUUAAAGUGUACAAGCAGAAAAUGAAGCACCUGCUGUGUGAGCACCACAACACCAUGUCUGAGCUGCAAUCAGAGCGUGUAAAGACUGCUGAGGCGAUGGAGAAAGAACAAGCCCAGCUGGAAAAGGCGCUUCACAAGAAGACGGCAGCCAUUAGGAACGAUCUACACAAACUCGACAUUGAAAACCUCAUCGUUGAGCUGGAGCAGGAACACAACAAAGAAGUGGCCAAAUCCAAAAAAAGCUGGGAGGAUCAACUGGCAGAAACGGAGGCCCGCUACAAGGAAAAGCUGGAACUGUUGCAACGGGAGCUGGUCAUCAUGAGGAACAAGGAAGUCCUCGAACAAGAAGAUCAGUGGAACAGUCACAUCAGCGCUGUGAACAGAAACCACUAUGAAAUAUUUGAUGAGGCACUCACUCUUCUCAAUCAAACCAUGGAACGAGAUUUGUAUCACAACGAUUCAUUGAAGAAACAAAUAGAAGACGCAGAGAUGAAACAAAAUGAAAAGGAAAAGCGCCUGGCUCGGCUUCUACCUGAAAACGAGCGUCUCGAUAAGCUUCGACUCGACGUCCAGGAGAAAACUGCCGAAGUUCAAAGAAAAAUGAAGAACCCCAUCCGGAACGAGGAUGCCAAGGAAAGGAGAAAAGAAAAGGAGCUCAGAGAUCAGGAACAGAAAUUAGAGCAACUCAAGCAGAAAUUCAGCGAGCUCGAGCGGGAACGAGACGAGCUGCGUGCUACCCUCGCUCAGAAAGUUGAGAGGGCUCAGAGAGAAGAGGAUGAGAAGAAUGCAAAGCUGGAAGAGAAAGUAAAGGACAUGACGGACGGCUUGGCCAAGACGCAGGCCAAGCUCUCCGCUGCCCUCUCGGUCUCUAACGUAGACCAAACUGUACUCAAAAGCAUCACAAGCAGUGUGGAGGAGAUGAUUGACUCCAGCAAUAAAUCCAUUGAGGAUUUACAGCACAAAAUAUCUCAGAUUUCCAAGGCCCGUAAGGAUUUACUUCUGAGGUAUGAGGCAAAGCAAAGAGAUCUUGGUGUCCCUGUGGAGGAACCUUGUGUGACAUAUUCGGCAUUUAAAAAUAAAUAUUGGGUGUAUAAUGAAUUUUAGACACAAAUAUUCAAAUGUAUGACAGCUAAUCCCACUUUGUCCGAUUUCGGUUGACUAGUGAAGUAAAUUUAAAACUUUCGAACCAUCAAAUAUUUCCUUUGUCAUACAUCACACUACUAUUUUUGUCAACCUACCUUUUGUGACAAGAUAGAAUGAACAAAAUCUUAUUUUCCCUCACGAGAUCCUAUGGGAUGUUAACGGAAGGAAAUUGUGGAGUUUGUAACUCGCUCUGUGUUAGUUAAUUCCACUGGGUCCUCCAGCUCACUCAAAACUCAUCUAUGCACGCCUCCGUGGACCUUACUGAGUUUGUGCCCUGAGAAGAGAAAAGCUGUUGAGCGCAUAGAAUUGGUGCUCUGGAAUAAUCAAGAUUCAGGGCAGUGGUCUAUAAAUUUACUCAACCUUUAUUGAACCAGGGCGCAUAUUUCACAUUAUUUUACAUUACAUUUACAUGACAAAUCUCACAGCACACCACCAAGCAAAAAUGUCACAUUAUACACUUCGCCACGGCUAGCUUCAUGUUAACGCAAUGAGAAACUCGAUUGACUUGCUUACGGAUAGCAUUUAUGUUGCAGUGUUAUUUGCAGUGUUACCCUUUAAAUAACAAUUUAAACAAUAACAGUCAUAUAUUCUUUAUUUUCUGUCAACAGUGACCGAUAUUAGUGCCGUACUGAGGAGCUUGAGCCCGUUUCAAUGUACAGUUUGUCUUAUACUGCCCCCAGGUGGUCAAGGUGGGCACACCAGAAGUGCCACUAGCCAUUCUAUUGCUACAAAGCGUGACAAAAACUGUUAUAUCCUAUUUCGUAAUUUGUAUGUUUUUUGUAAAGUACAAUAUUAUAGAGUGUUAUUUUGUCAUUAAAAACAUU